GCUUAUCAGACAUUUUUAAAAAAUGUUAUCAGUGGCCUUCAUACUGUUCACAGCAAGCUGAAACGUCUCCAAACUCGACUUGUUAUUUGUAACGUUGAACAGAUUCGAGCAUUGCGUGGUUUGGGUGCUAUUCAACAAGGUGUUAAUCGUUGUAAAUUAAUUUCCUGUAAUGAUUUUGAUCAACUAUACGAUGAUUGUUAUAGAAUGCAUCGAGCGGGUCGCCCAACAAAGCGUUCCAUAGAAUUUGAAAAUACGCCAACUGAUAGAAAUAAGAAAGCGAAAUACACUUCAGAUAGAACAUUGGUACCAUUUACAAUAAGCCAACAGAUUGACGUUCGAGAUUUGAUGGAAGGCGCUUCGGAAUCAUUACGAUCAGCUAAACAGACGAUAGAUAUAACCAUUCCUCAUUAUAAUUUCAGCGAAAGUUCAUCUGCAUUAAUCAUUCCACGAAGCGCUUCGUUAUCAUCGUUACCGUUGAAUUUGACAAAAAAUGCUAACAAUCAUCAGUAUGACAAUGUUGGGAAUGCAUCGCAGAAGGAAAUUUCGUAUGAUAAUUCGAAAAUGUAUCAAUCAAAUCAAAACGUCUGUUCCGUUCAGGAUGCGUCAACCGAAUAUAUGGAAGUUUUACAAGCUAUGCUCAGUAAAUUAAUCACGUUGAUUGAAAUUGCAACGUUGAAUUUAAAAACAGAACGUGAAUUGGUCGAGAAUGAGAAAUGUGAAGUUUAA